GCUUUCUUCAUUGGACAGAGAACCAGACAGAACGGGAUUAGGAGCGACAAAAUCUACCAAGGCAGUCUCACUUCUCAGUGACUCUGGGUACUCUGCUCCAGACAUGCGUGACCUCAGCAUCAUCAUGAUACAAGUUGAGCUGCUUCUCUGCUGCCUCCUGCUACACCCUAUGGAUGCCAUUUCAUAUAGAAAGCCGGCAAAUGUCUCCAGGCACCUUCUGCUGUCCCUGGGAUCCCAGCCACCCUCCUCAGACCCCUUGUUCUGCCAGACCAUGCUCCCAAAGUCCUUGCCUGGCUUUACCUACAUGGCCCCUUUACCCAAGUACCUGGUUGGCCUGGCUCUAAGGAAUGCCCUCGAGGAAGCUGGCUGCCAGGCUGAUGUCCAGACCCUGGAGCUUCAGCUGUACCGCUGGGGUAGUGUGAAUGCUACACGGGUCCUCAUCCACCAUCUUCAAGGGCUCCAGAAAGGCAGAAGCACCCAGAGGGGAGUGUCAGUGGAAGCCCUGGCCUUGGCUCUGCAGCUGUUAGCCAGGGAGCAUCCAGGCUCAAAGAGGGUCCACCGUUCCCUCCCCACGGAGAACUGUGAAAAUGAGCAGGAACAAAGCGUGCACAAUAUCCUCAGGCUAUUGCCAGGAGUGAUAACUUACUACAACCUGGGCACAGCAUUGUAUUAUGCUGCUCAGAACUGCUCAGACAAGGCCAAAGAACGGGGCCAAGAAGGGGCCAUAGAUUUGGGAUAUGACCUUCUGAUGGCCAUAGGUGGGCUGCCAAGUGGGCCAGCAGGUCUAGUGAUACAUACUGCACUUAGACCUGCAUUAAAGGCUGGAGUUCUGCAGUUCAUCCAGUUCUAUCAGAAAAAAGAGGUAAACAUCCCUCAGCAAGAGACCAGCAUGGAGGGCUUGGUGGGCACCUCAUAUAUGAGUGAUUUGGAAGAAACAACUACCAUGACUCCUUUGGUGUCAGAAGAAGUAAAGUCUGCUCCCUACUGGGGAUGGACCUCAUUCAAGAGCUACUUCUUAUGACUUAGAUCCUGGGGCUGGCAGUCUUGGACUAUAGGGGUAACCACAGAGUGAAUAAAUUGAUAAUAAUACAAAAGCUGUA